GGAUAAAAACAAGAGGCGCGGACCGAGCGGGGCGGAGACACACAAGAAUUCGGCACGCCCGCUCGCUCGCUCGCUCCCUCUCUAUCUGUAUCCCUUCUCUGUUCAGAGAAACCAGGAGGAGAACACAGGAGCCGAGGACGAGCUACUUACACACCCGACAACGACCCUCUUCCUCCAGCAGGAUCGAUUAUCAGUCAAUCUCUUCAGGUGGUGGUUUACUUGGCCGGUUUUAUUGCGAAUAUGAGUUUUGCAGGCCCUUCCGUUGGUUCUGCUGGUAAAGCUGCCAAAAAGGCAAUUGAGUUUGGUAAAACCUACGUUGUGAGGCCCAAGGGAAAACACCUAGCGACGGUUGUCUGGCUUCAUGGUCUUGGUGAUAAUGGCUCAAGCUGGUCGCAGCUCUUGGAGACACUUCCCUUACCAAAUAUUAAAUGGAUAUGUCCGACUGCACCUACUCAACCAAUAGCUUUAUUUGGUGGCUUUCCUUCCACUGCAUGGUUUGAUGUGGGAAAUCUUUCGGAAGAUGGUCCAGAUGAUUUAGAGGGUUUGGAUGCUUCAGCUGCACAUGUUUCCUAUUUGUUGUCGACCGAGCCAGCUGACAUUAAGCUUGGCGUAGGGGGCUUCAGUAUGGGAGCAGCUACUGCACUUUAUUCAGCGACCUGCCAUGCAGUGGGAAAAUACGGGAACGGAAAUCCUUACCCAGCCAAUUUGAGUGCAGUUGUUGGGCUAAGUGGCUGGCUUCCUUGUUCAAAGACUUUGAAAAGCAAGAUGGAAGGGAAGAAUGAAAGUACUAGCGGAGCGGGAUCCUUGCCUAUUCUGCUAUGUCAUGGAAAAGUUGAUGAUGUGGUUCUCUACAAUUUUGGAGAGAAAUCUUCCGAGGCGCUACGUACGUGCGGAUUUCAGGACGUUACAUUUAAAUCCUACAGCGGACUUGGCCACUACACAGUUCCUGAAGAGAUGGAUGAGGUCCGGGCUUGGCUGAUUUCUAAGUUGGGGCUAUAGAGGGAUGGGAGGCUCUUCAAAAUGCACUAUUUUUAGUCAUGCUGUUUAGACAAAUUCUUUGACCUACAGUUUAUUGGGAACCAAUUUGGUGUGAUAAUUGUAUUCCCUUUUUAGACCUCUUGUAUUUGUUGUGGUUUUUGCACCAACAUUGAAUCCUUUUUUGGUGAACUGCAGAGAGAUACACUUGAUACUUAAUCAUACACUUGAUUGUUACUCUUCACAAUAUCAUUCCCUGCAUAUUUUUCUUCA